AUGUCAUUGGAUAAAAGGGAAGAUGAGAACGACCAAGAGAUUGGUAACAUCGAUUCCAUUAGCUUGCCUCGUCUGAAUCCGCCGAUAAUGACUGCAUCGAACAUAGAAUCAUACUUCUUAUCAUUGGAGUUCUGGUUCGCCGCAUCUGGAUUAGGGAAUCAACACGACGCCAGAAAGUAUAACAUCGUGAUGGCGCAGGUACCCCCGAAUAAGCUCAAGGAACUACGCUUCAUAAUAGACGCCACACCAGUCGCAGACAAGUAUCCAUACAUCAAGAGAAUGCUUAUGUAUCAUUUCGCCGACAGUCAGCAGAAACGAUUGCAGCGGGUACUUUCCGAUAUGCCUCUUGGUGAUAUGAAGCCCAGCCAGCUAUAUAGCGAGAUGAGACGAGUAGCAGGAAAUUCAUUAAGUGAGCUUGUACUUUUGGACUUAUGGGCCUCCAGACUUCCAGCUCACGCGCAGGCAGCAGUGAUUGCUUCAAAAGGAGAUCCAUCAGAAAAAGCGAGCAUCGCGGAUGCCAUCGUCGAUUCCAUGGGACUCCGUAGCAUCAACGCCAUGGAAACACUCUCCCCAACGAUACCAGUGAUCGCACCAGAAACACCGGCGUCAAGCUGCAUGAACGACCUUCAACGAGAAAUUGUCCAACUGACUAGCAAGUUUGAGCAGAUGUUCCGUUCUCAAAGAAACUCGCGGGACCGAUCACGCUCGUGUAACCGAAGCAGAACCGAUCAACGUUUCCGUAGCGGAUCGGCGUAUGACAUGUGCUGGUACCAUCGUACAUUCGGAAGAGAAGCACACACAUGCCGAAAGCCGUGUUUCUUCAGUCCAUCGGGGCAAUUAUCAAAUCCCAAUCAGCAAUGA